GUCUAGAAAAUAUAAGAAACAAUGUCGACGACGAGGUAAGCACCGAGUCAAUAUAUAAGCAGGCUCGAGCGGGUUAAGAAGGUUUCUGAUCCCGUGUCAAAAAAUGACAUCAUUGCUUAAACUGGGCAUGUUCGUAUUCUCAUUGUAAUACCUCAAGUUCCUCAAGUUCCUCAAGUUCCUCAACUCACGACAAACAAAAAUCUCCCUCUUCUCUUCAAAUUCUCUACUUUGUACAAGCAUUCGAAGCCUCUAUUCUAUCAAGAAUAGAAAAAUAACACACAAUCGCCAUGGGAUUAUUCGCCGCAAUACUCGGUCUCAUUGGCACUGGCCAAAUUGCCUUUACAGGAUACAAUCUCUAUCUCUCCUCAAUUGCUAUCCCAAAGCUCCUCUCGUACGAAGACAAAGCUGUCAAGGCUGCAAAGUACUCAAAUAUCGCCGAGGAGCAAUUAUUCAAGACGCGAACGACACAGGCUGCUAGCGUUGGAGCUCUCCUCCUAAGCUUUCUAACUGCCACUCCCUUUCUUCUCUCCCGCUACAGCAGUAGCACGAUAUUUGCUCUCUCGGCAGUCAAUCUCGCAGUCCUACUCGUCACAAGAGAAUAUGUAGGAGAUUUUUGGAAGGGCAAAGCAAAAAUGCCAAUUCCAGGUACCGGUGAUUUCAACGACGCAAUUGGGUUGACGAAUGAGAUCAGAGCGAACCAAGUGUUUUUAGCGAUAAGCUGGGUGGCUUAUGGGGUUGUGGGUUUGUUGGCAUAGAUGGGACAAUGGGUGGACCGGAUGGGAUCUUGAAUGGAAUGGGACGGGGUAGGGUCAAAAGGAGUUUGGAUAGUUACAUGUAUAUGGAUGGUGGGUGGGAUAUUCUGGAGGUUUUGAUAAUCGGUACUCUAGGAUGCAUUUCAUUAUUGCAUAAGGAACCUGGGAAUGGAAGUAUAAAGUUUUGCUGAUAUCCGUUUCUCUGAAAAUACCAAGAUUUAAACCAACCGAAUCUUUUUCUGUUA